GAAAUUUUAAAUUCUAAGUAAAACUUUCCUGAAACCUAGUCAAUGUUAGCGUUUUAGCGCAUUUGUAUAUCCAAUGUGGAUAUUAUAAAUAACAUGUAUUGAUUUGUAUGUGCACGCCCUUCAUACGUAGCCAAGCAGAGCUCUGCGUCGAAGUGACACUAUGGCUUCAAGGAGGAUUUCUUCGUUGCUCUCUCGCUCCAUAGCUUCUUCGCCUUCUUUACUUUCUCUCGGAGGGAAGAGCCCUCAUGUCAGCAGAGGAGUUCACAGAUACAGCACAGCUGCUGCUGCUGCCGCUGCUCUCGAGGUGCCGAUCUCUCCACCGGUGAAAGUCGAGCUCACUCAGCUUCUAAUCGAUGGCAAAUUCGUUGAUUCAGCUUCAGGAAAGACUUUCCCCACUUUGGACCCAAGGACCGGGGACGUCAUCGCUCAUGUGGCCGAGGGCGACGUGGAGGACGUGAACCGAGCCGUCUCUGCUGCCCGCAUGGCCUUCGAUGAGGGACCGUGGCCUAGAAUGACUGCUUAUGAAAGGUCCAAGAUCUUGCUGCGGUGUGCUGAUCUGGUUGAGAAACACAACGAUGAGAUAGCAGCGCUUGAGACAUGGGACAACGGAAAACCAUAUGAUCAAGCUGCCAAAGUCGAAGUGCCAAUGCUUACACGUCUUUUCCGAUACUAUGCUGGUUGGGCGGACAAGAUCCAUGGUUUGACGGUUCCGGCCGAUGGUCCGCACCAUGUCCAGACUCUCCACGAACCAAUAGGGGUAGCUGGGCAGAUCAUCCCUUGGAAUUUUCCUCUUCUGAUGCUCGCAUGGAAACUAGGACCUGCAUUAGCAUGUGGAAACACUGUUGUCCUGAAGACAGCAGAGCAGACUCCCCUGUCUGCUCUCUACGUUGGGAAACUUCUUCUCGAGGCUGGACUUCCCCCGGGUGUUGUAAACAUAGUUUCUGGAUUCGGUCCAACAGCUGGUGCGGCCAUCGCCAGUCACAUGGAUAUUGAUAAGGUGGCUUUUACCGGGUCUACUGGAACCGGAAAGGUGGUUCUUCAGUUGGCUGCCAAGAGCAAUCUUAAGCCAGUGACUUUGGAACUGGGGGGCAAAUCGCCAUUCAUUGUAUGUGAAGAUGCUGAUGUAGAUAAGGCAGUUGAGCUUGCUCACUUAGCCGUGUUCUUUAACCAGGGACAAUGUUGCUGUGCUGGCUCACGCACAUUCGUACACGAGCGUGUGUAUGAUGAAUUUGUAGAGAAAUCCAAAGCGCGCGCUAUCAAACGUGCUGUCGGUGAUCCAUUCAAGGCGGGCAUCGAGCAGGGACCUCAGGUAGAUUCAGAACAGUUCAAGAAGAUAUUGAGGUACAUUAGAUCAGGAAUCGAGAAUGGAGCUACGCUCCAAGCUGGAGGCGACCAACUUGGCUCCAAGGGAUACUACAUCCAACCCACUGUCUUCUCCGACGUGAAGGAUGAGAUGGUGAUAGCGAAAGAAGAGAUCUUUGGACCUGUUCAAUCCAUUCUCAAAUUCAAGGAUUUGGAGGAGGUAAUAGCGAGAGCGAACAAGUCGUGUUACGGGCUAGCGGCGGGAGUGUUCACGCAGAACCUGGACACGGCGAACAGACUGAUGAGGGCCCUGAGAGUCGGGAGCGUCUGGAUAAACUGCUUUGACGUGUUCGAUGCCGCUGUCCCAUUCGGAGGGUAUAAGAUGAGUGGAAUCGGCAGAGAGAAGGGAAUCUACAGUCUCAAUAAUUACUUGCAGGUCAAGGCAGUUGUCACUCCCCUCACCAACCCUGCUUGGCUCUAAACCAUCCAUCCAUCCCCCUUCUGUCCAGCUCUUUUUUUUUUUCUUGAAAGUUUCGUAAUUUGGAUACCGACCUUUUUUUUCCUAAAAAAUAGUAGGGUUGGACAUUUAAACCCGUUAUCCGCGGGUUUACGAGUACCUGGUCUCAUGGGUACCUGAAAAACGGGUACUCGACACAUGAUGAAGACGAAAACGAGUAAUGGAAUGAAGAAAAUCCGCAGAACGGGUUUGAAAACGGGUUUUAUAGAUUUUAAUAACGGGUACUUACGGGUACCCGUAUAUAUACAAAAUGACAAGAUUAUCCUUA